CUACAUUAGGUGUGAUAGUGGUUAUAAUUAAAAACAUUUGCCAAAAAUACACGUCACAAAACCAAUUAGACUGAUAGCAAAGCACACGGCAGGAAGCGAAUGUUUGGGAUUUCCUGGCGCUGUCGGAGGCGUUGCCUUAAUUUGCUGCAAAUUUAGUGUGAAGUAGUAAAAUGUCCGCUGGAGUUGCUUAGCGCCAAUAAACCAAGCUUUGACCUUUGCAACGAAAGCAUUCGCUUUAAUUCAAUAGUACGGGAAUAGUAAUAAACCGCAACUGUUGUUGUCUACAUUUAGAAUUUUAUUAUUAUAAGGUGAACGAUUUUAACGGAAUAACUAACAAAAGCUGUAGACAAUAUGGCAUUCCAAUCAUUGGUGCGAUUCUAUUUGGAGAUACCGACAGUGACACGCAUAUAUACAACAGCAUGUGUACUAACAACUGUAGCAGUGCACUUGGAUCUGGUGUCACCGCUACAACUAUAUUUCAAUCCUACACUCAUACUUUAUAAACUACAAGUUUGGCGACUGGCCACAACAUUCCUCUUCUUCGGUUCAGUGGGCAUAAGUUUCUUUUUUAAUAUGGUUUUCACAUAUCGCUAUUGUCGUAUGCUGGAAGAGAGUUUCUUUCGCGAUCGCACAGCAGAUUUCGUCAUGAUGUUUAUUUUCGGUGGUGUGUUAAUGAUUUUCUUUGGGCUCUUUGUGAACUUACUAUUUCUCGGACAAGCAUUCACACUGAUGUUAGUUUAUGUGUGGUCCCGCCGAAAUCCUUUUGUGCGAAUGAGUUUCUUUGGCGUACUAAACUUUCAAGCGCCUUACUUGCCAUGGGUCCUAAUGUGUUGUACAAUGAUAUUGGGAAACACUAUUUGGGUUGACGUAGUUGGAAUGGGAGUUGGUCACAUAUAUUAUUUCCUAGAAGAUGUGUUUCCAUUUCAAGCGAACGGUUAUAAAAUCCUUAAAACGCCGCAUUUUCUGAAAGUGCUUUUUAAUGAACAUAUUGAAAACAACAUCCCACCGUGGGUAGGCGACCGUCCCGGCGGCUACCAUUGGGGUGCCGAUGAAGCGGAAAACGUAGGCGCUCAAGUUGCAGACCCUGGCGCGGGUGAUGGCAACGACGCUAACCAACGAUAAGAAAAACUUUUUUUGUUUUUUGUACUGCUACCAUCCAACGUACUGAGAAAAUUGCACACAUAUUUCAUAAAAACAAAAACAACCAAACACAACAAAUGGGAAUAGGAGAAAUGUCUUAGCACAUAUAUACAUAAAAUAAAAGUAAAUAAAUAGUGAAAAGGCAAUAAAUAAACCAAUUGUUUAAAAAUUUAA